GUGAAUCGUUAGGUGAAACGCCGUGUGUUUAUUAAAUUUCUCUUCUUAACCGUGUCUUCGAAUAUCUUUAGGCCUUAAUCAUUCCUCAAAAACGGUUACUUUUCUCAAACUUUCCGAAUACUUCGACGCGCUUUACUAUCAUAACGGUUAGUUGUCAAAUUACCAAAGAUACAGCUGUGCAUAUCACCUAACUUCUCUCACAACAUAGUCGCUGAGUGAAAAAGCGACGUCGCGGAAGUUAUGGAUAUCAGUCGGUCACGAACCGCGAAGUAAGUUAGGCGUCUGUGUAAGACUGAUCGAUUUGAGGAGACUGCGUCGUCUCGUGCAGAGUGCUGCCCGUCGUGUCAAGCAGGUUGAAUGCUAUCACAUUAUUGGAAGAAUAAAUAGGUAGACUUUGUUGUAGAUGAAGUAUACAAGGAACACGAGGCUGUGACAUCAAGAAACAAAAAUAGAAGUACUCAUAGCGUAGAACCACGUGACAACGAGGGGAUUCGUGUGACAGCGAGCGUGACAGACAGGAAACGAUCAAAUCGUUCAGUGAUUUGGGCACGUUUCGUUGUGACGCGAACGAUCCGGCAUAGCCACGAAGUUAUUAAAGCAUCGUAAUUCCCCCGGAAAACACGCAGUGAAGUUGCUCGGUGGAUGCCAUUGACCGCUGUAUUCACGACAAUCAAGGCGGUUUCGAAAAAAAACUGGAAGGUGGUAGGUCGGGUGAAGUGACAGGAGCGUCGAUAAGGUUAAGGACCGUACGUUGAACGUAUUUACGCGUGGAAAUCUGCGAAAUCGACACCAGUGAAAAAUCCAUCGCCGAGAUGGAGUUCAAGUUCAACGUAAAUAAACUCUUACCCAGAUAUAUCAACAAGGUCACGCAUACCCUCAUUCCAGAAGACUUCAGAGGUGAUCGUCGUGAAUUAAACGAGUGCCAGAGGCAAUUGACCAGAGUUCUCGACGACAUGGGCGAGGCUUCUGCCAGGGCCCAAGGCCUGAACAAGCCGAUAACCAGCUCCCUAAAACUUCGAGAUACGGACCAUAUAGUUUAUUUAUUAGUGGACAACGAAGCAAACAACGGACUGGGCAGCGUGGUGGGACUUUUGAAGACUGGAUCGAAGAACCUCUUCAUGUUCGACGAGUUGGGCGCUCAUUAUCAGCUGAAGCCUCGAUGCGUUUUGGACUUCUACGUGCACGAGUCGAAGCAACGUAUGGGACUUGGAAAUGUUCUUUAUCAGUACAUGCUCUCCGAAGAAAAUAUUAGGCCUGUGAAACUAGCGAUCGAUAGACCUUCAGAGAAGUUCUUAGCCUUUCUAAACAAAUACCACGGACUCUCGAAGAUUAUUCCUCAGAACAACAAGUUUGUCGUCUUUCAAGGAUUCUUUGACGAUGAACGUCAGGAUGUGAGGACAAAUAGAUACAGUUUACCACCGAAAUCUUCCAUCGAUAUUGGUACAUCCAGCGCGAUUCAUAAUAAUUUUGGAAUGAGUAACCCUAACUUGAACGGGGUCCAAUACCCUACAUCCGUUUCCCGCACUUCAUUCGGUAGAUACGCCGCGGCGCGGCCACCUUGCUCCAUGGCCAAUAUAAUCCAUAACACCGCUGUGCUUGGUCCAUCCGCCGAGCGUACUGGUGAAAAAUCGAGCACACUUGCUACAACGCCACCGAAACUGGAACGACCACGCUCGUUGAGCAUUUAUUCGGAAGAGGAGCAGAAACAACGCACCAACGAACUGUCCACGGUACCAACACCCGCUUUACCAGACCAUCAACCGACUCCUCUGGCUACCAUUUUACGAGAAACUGAGAAAACUGAAAAGAACGUGAAACCGUCACCAACCUGUGGCCAAGAAGUAGCCGGUACCAAUCAGCACACUCGAUUAGACCUAAAAUUCUAUCACUCCCCUUUGUGGUAAAACACAAUUGGUACAAUGUUAGAAGUACUAUAUGGGAGAAUUAUAUCAUUUGCAUGUGCGACAAAAAUUAUGAAGCUUUACCUACCAGAACCAAAUAUCAAUGGGAGGGUAACUAUUGAUAAGCUUGACGGUAAUUGAGCGACUGUAAAAAGGGACAAAUACAUUACAAUGGAAUCUAGGUAAA